AUGAAGUAUUGUGACUGUAAUAUUUAUGAUACUACCGCUGCACUAGCGUCUCCCUUGGAGUGUGGCCCCGGCAAGACAAACACUAGGGUGCUUGAUUCUGGUAAAAAUAGGGAAAUCCCAAGACGUGUGUUGAUGCGCACAUUUUUAUUCCAAAAGGAGAUCUGUUUAGACAUUGGUGUGGAAAACCUUGCCCGGGGCAUAGUACACCCAACCAGCGCACUGCUUGAUUCAGGCGCUGUUGAUGAUGAGAACUGCUGUUAG